ACCGCACGAAAUAAUACGACGACUGUCCCAGUAACAACCACAACCACAACAACAGCCACAACAACCCUAUCAUCCCCCAAACCCAGUCCAGUCUCACCCUCAACUACAACUCCAAGGCCAGCACCUCUUUCAGCUGUUCCACCGCCCUGUUAUAAUUAUUUCGUGUUCGUUUUGGACGCAUCAAACGGUACUAAACAUUUUGCGAAUGAAACAACAACAGUACUCAGUGUAACGAAGUUGUGGAAUUUGAAUGGUACUGGGAAGUUGCAAGUAGCGCUCAUGGUGACUGGUUUAAAAGAUUACCUUGGUGUUGUAUACAAACUGAAAUUUUAUAAAAAUAAAGAAUGGAGGAAUGCGUUGCAGAAAUUGAGUUCAGAUUUACAAUUCAAUAUGGGAGGACCGACGAUGUCACCUCAAAAGUGA